UUUGAGUAUCAAAGCUCAGGCAGAAACCUGGCUUUUUUUAAUGUAUCUUAGACAGUUCAGGCUGCGCUGAACGUUGAGAAAAAGAAAGAAACUCUAAUGUACGAGCAUGCGUUACAAGGCUUGCUCAAGAACAAAUGGUAUAUCGGAUGUAAGGGCAUCGAAGUGUCUAACAAAAAAUUAUCGGGCGGACAAAUUUGCGAUAUCCGAAUGGUUUUUUUCCGGUCCCGCCAGGGAAAAGUGAAGGUUUUGAAAGAUCGCGAAGUGAAAAACGGAUAUUCAUUGCUUGAGGGUUCUACUAUCAAUUCUCGUCGUGGAACCAUUCAGUGUUCAUACAAUGGCUGGAGAUAUGACGGAAAUGGCAAUUGCAUUUCUGUGCCUGGAAUUGAGCCGAAUCAUCAGGGUCUCAAAAAUUAUCGCAUUGCAAGCUUCCCAGUGUGCGAGCAAGAUGGCUACGUUUGGGUUUGGUUAGGUGAUGGCAAACCUAGUGAACAGCCCCCCGAAGUUCCUUUUGACAUGAGCCAAACAAUCUGGAAUCAGCAAACACAAGUGAUUGAUUCUAAUCCUAUACUGUGUAUUCAACAUGAGAUGGAUUGGGCGUCUUCCUUUUUUCAGAAAGAUAAAAUGAAGUGGAUGAACAGACGAUUGAUUCCUGGACUGUACAAGCCCGCACAAAUUGUCCAUCCCUAUCACUUGACGUUAAAAUCAGAUGGGUUUGAGUUAUAUCACCCUCCAAUUGGCCAAAAAAAGUCAGUGAGUGCUCUAUCUGAUAUGAUUGACUCGAAUGGGAAACUCCCACGAAAUGGCUGUACAUCCGAAUUUUCAGCUUCUUCAGCACGUGUCAUUCACCGAAAAUGGCUCAAGUAUCAUUUUUGGAGGAAAUUCGGCGAUUACACCGACAUUGUUCACUUCGUCCCCCUCAUCGACCCCGUCACUAGACACAUCUCAACACGUGUUGAAUACAUGUGGACUCCUUGGUUAUUGCCCGGAUAUUCCUUUCAGAGGAAUCAAAUUACAUCACUACCUUCCUGGAUUCCAUGGGCCUUACCGCGCACUAGAAAGGCAGAUAAACGGCAUUUGCAGUCUAUUGACCCCUCCCAAUGCAUUCAUCCGAACCCAAAACAAGGUUCAUGCGAACUUUUUCCUGAAUAUAUCAAGAGAUUAUUCCAACCGCCCAUAACUCCUUCGUGCGCGCGGGAACUUGUUUUGUUGAUGUUUUUGUAUCUAAGUCAAGGAAACAGUACUCUAGAAGGAUUGAAGGAGAUAGUGGGUCAAACCAGCAGUUAUGGCGAACUUUUCGCCGCACACCUAGGUGAUUAAUCUACCAUCUAUCGCCUUAUCUUCCUGUUGAAUUGCGUGUAUGUGCCGCUUGUUUUAACAAGUUUUUGAGAAUUCGAUUUCAAUUUCUCUAGAAGUCGGAAAAUUGCAAAAUUCUGAAAGUAGAAGAUUGGAAUAUUCGCAGAUGCACGAUACCACUAACUCGGAAUCUGUAUACAAGGCCUUGAACUUUAUCUUGCUUCAGAAGUGCUAUAAAACGUCCAUCGUUAUUAAAAGUUCGACAGUUAGUUUACAACUGAAC